AUGGAUUUUGGAAUUACUGCAGAGAAUGAGAGCGUGCAGCUGGAGGACAGGAACCAGGAGGUGCAGCAGCCUGGAGACCCACAGGAGGAGAUGGGGGAACUGCCUGGCUCCAGGACAGACCUCCCAGCCAGGAUGGUCCUGAGUGAAGAGGAAAAACUGAAGAUUUCCAAAGACCUCGUGGAUCUCCAGAUCGAGACAAACAGGAUGAAGGAGCGUUAUGAGACAGAGAACUUCCAGCUGAAAUCGAUGAUGCAGGCGCUGGAGAGGCGGGUGCAGGAGCUGGAGCAGGGCAGGGCCGGGCUCCGGGAGGAGCGGGAUUCCCUGCGGGAGGAGCGGGAUUCCCUGCGGGAGCGCCUGCAGAGCCUGGAGAGCAGCCGGCAGGAGCUGGGGGAGGAGUUCAUCAUCCUCAAGAGCAACUACCUGGCCCUCGGCAGAGAGCUGGACAAGGAGGUGAUGAGGAAUGAGGAGCUGACCCAGGAGCUGCUCAGCCUGGCCAAGGAGAGCAGCCUCCCCCCUGGCUUGCCCCAUCCAUCCUCACCGGGGCCUGGAAGAGCGAGAGCAGCGGGACAGCCCCGCUCUGCUCUCAGGGGGAAGCCCGAGGAUGCAGCUGCCUCUGACCACGAGCAGCAGGAGCUGGAAAGAAACUUGCUUGGAAACCAGGAUCACAUAAAAGCAGAGCUGGAAAAACUGAAGAAAAGGCACGAGGAGCAGCAGCAGAAGCUGGAGGAGCGAGUGCUGGCGCUGGGGCAGGAGCUGCAGGAGGCGAAGGGAGCGGCCGGGGCCGUGCGGGUGGAGCACUCAGCGGUGCUGCUCUCGUCCCAGGCGCGGCUGCGGGAGGUGGAGGCGGAGAACGCGCGGCUGCAGCUGCAGCUGAAGGAGCUGAACGAGGAGUAUCGGUGCCGGCUGGCCCAGUGCCUCGGGGACCUGGCCAACUACAUGGACAGCAAACCCAGCAGUGUACCAGGACACAGCAAAGCCCCAGCUGGCCACGCUGCCAUGCAGAACUUUGUGGACAGCAUGCUCAGGGACAUCCAGGCCUCCUACAGGCGCCGGGAGGAGCAGCUGGCCCGGGCAGCCCGGGGCUACAGGAAACGCCUGAAGGAGCUGGCCAAGAAGCACGAGAACCUGCUCAUUGCCUAUGGGUGGCCAGAACCAGCAGGUCCCAGCGAGUGGCACCCCCAGGAGCAGCAGAGCCCUGGCGGUGUCAGCAGCAGGGCGGGCAGGGAGUGACCGUGCUGGUUUCAGGCUGCAGCGGGAGCAGAUCCGGACCCUGGGCAGCAGUGCCAUGGACUGUGGCCCUGCCGAGCUCCACUUGUGCAUCACAGACCCCAAGCUGCUGACAAACAGCGCCCGAGAGCUGAACCGCCUGCGGGAGCAGAAGGCAAAGCUGGAGGUGCAGCUGCAGGAGCUGCAGCAGAAAAGCCUGAAAGGAGCCUCUGCCCUCCCAGCGCCUCCGGAGCAGAGGAGCUGGAGCAGCAGAGGAGCCAGCUGCUGACUCGGGCUGUGGUGGCAGAGGAGCAGGUGUUGGAGCUGCAGGGCUACAUUGACCAGCACCUUGCCAGGUACAAGCAGGAGAUCGUGCGGCUGAGGAAGGCUGAGGGCAGCGAGGUGCCCCCAGUGCCCCGUGCCAGCAGUGCCAGCCACGAGCCAGAGCAGCCCCAGCCUUGGGAACACCCCACUGCAAGGGAGGACUGAAAUGAGAGCAGACAACGGCAUCUGGGCUGUGCCCUGCAGGAAUUCUGCC